AGGAUUUGUAUUUUUAUCUCACAGAAAAGAUUUUUUAUUCAAAUUUUAUUAUAAAAAUUAGUGUAAUGAAUAUAUUAAAAAUUAAUUGAAAUCUACUAAAAUGAUUCGAAAUAUUUAUGAAAAAUGUGAUAAAAUGAAUGGAGAAUUAUAAUGAAUUUGUUUCGUGAUAUAAUAAAGUAAAUUUGCUUGUUUUGUGUCAAUAGAUACCGAAAGAAUAUCCUUAUGAAUAUAAUAAAUUCGUCACCAAAAGUAAAAAAAAAAUCCUAAAAACGCACCCUAUUUUAUUAUUUUUUUUUAAUCUUUCAGUGAUCUAUAGAUUUUAAGUAAUGAGACAUAAUAAAAAAAAAUUAUAUUCGUUUUCAUAAAUUUGUGUAGAAACAAUGUUUUUGAUUAUUGAGUCGAAAUGGGCACAAUCGCUUCAGUGCUACAAUGGACUUGUACGAAUUGCAACGUAAUAAAUCCAACUGAAUCAUUUAAAUGUAUAAAAUGUGGUACGGGAAGAAAAAUUGCUUCUAGUCCGACUACAACAACUUGGAAAACUCUUAUCGAUGACAAAUUCGGUUUAAAUAAUUCGUCAUCAAUUUCAUCCCCUACCUCUGGUGCUAUAACAUCAUCAGCAUCGUCGUUGUCUAAUACAAAUAACUUAAGUAACAAUCAAAUAAGAAAAACUGGUUCAACUGCACCGCAAACAACAUUCGCUGGGGAUGCUUCUUUAAUAAAUCAAAAAACAAUAAAAAAUAACAAUAGUCAACCGACAUCACACAACAAUACGUUAAAAAGAUCUACAAAAAAUUUAAAUAAUAGUAAUAAUAUCAAUAAAAUACAAAAUAAUUCUAAUAUUAUAAACAAUUUACAACGUUUACCUCCCGUUGUAUUACAAAAAAAAUGUAGUAAUUGUGAAGAUACAAAAAAAUAUAUAAAGACAUCUAUUGAAUUAUUUCAUCAUUUUUCGAAUCCAAGUUUAAAUCGUCGAUGGACAUGUCAUAUUUGUGAAUUAGAAAACAAUUCAGUUACAUGGCAUUGUCUAAAUUGUGAUAGUGUUAGUUAUUUAGCACCAAUUUAUAAGGAAACUUUAGUGUAUAAUCGUAAUAAACAACAGCAGCAACUACCAUUGCAAUCACAACAAAUUAUUGAAAAUAAUAUAAGUGGUGAUAAUACAGGUGCAACAACUAGUACCAAUACUACAUUUAAUAGUAGUAGCAAUUGUGAACAAAAUCAACAGGAACAACAUUCACAAUCAACACAAAAGAAACAACAAUUGAUAAAAUUGAAACAAAAAUCAGUUGAUGGAAUUAUAAUAUCAAAUGAUGAAAAUUCAUCAAAUGAUGGUAGUAGUAAUACUGCUAUCAUUAAUCCAAGAAAUGAGAGAAAAUCUGCAAAUGGAAAAUUUUUAAGACGUACUCGUAGUCUUAGUAUGGAUUCAGGUAGUUGCCGAAAUCUAACGAAACGAUGCCAUAUUUGUUUAGUUAAUUGUAAUAAUUUAUUCAAUCAAUCUGGUGGUGCCGAUUGUAAACACUUUAAUUUUCGUUUACCAAAUAUUAAUAAUAAAACAAAUACAACAGCAAACGAUGAUGACAUAGAAGAAAAUAUUUUAAAUAAUAUAGAUAACAACGGUAUCAAUAUUAAUCAUAAUAAUAGCAGUAGUAAUAAUAGUGAUCAUAAUUAUAUAAGUGCUGGAGGAAUAAAUAGCAAUGGACGCACUUCAUUAAAGCAAACUGAUAGUGACAGCUAUAAAUUGAAUUAUAUAACACGUUCAAAUUUGUUGUUAACAAGGAAUGAAAAUGAUAUAAAUAAUCGCGAUCAUGAAAUUAGUGAUGAUAAUAAAAUUAAAAAUCAAGAACAAAAUAACGAUCAUAAUUUAAGAACAUUUAAUAAAAGUUUAUCAAAUAUUGGUGAUUCAUUGCACGGUGAAAAAGGGUCGAUAGCACAUUACACCCGGCAAUCGUCCUUACCUGAAUCUAGUUAUCCGAAACAAUAUAAAAAGUUUACAACCUGUGCUCAUCAUCACUAUCAUCAACAACAUCACCAGCAACUCCAACAACAACAACAUUUACAACAAACACAUCAGUUACAACAAUCACAACCGCAGUGCGAUAUUUGUGGUGUAUGUAAUCGUAUUACAAACGAUAUUAGUUCCAAUUCAAUAUCAAAACCUUCAUCAACAAACCUAAGUAGUAAUUUUACAAUAACAACAUUAUCACGUUCACCGAAUUCAUCUUAUCAAAAACAAUUACAACAAAAUACAAUAACAAAUCGUUCAAGCAGUAAAGCAGCUGCUGCAUAUUCAACAUUGCCGCGUAAUGGUGGAAUAUUAAUUGCUGUUAAAGAUUGGUCUAAAAAUCCAGUUAUAAAUAAUACUGAAAUAUAUUAUGAACGUUUAAAUACCGGUAAAAUUAUGCCAAACCCUUUAGGACAGCAUCAAUUGUCAACAAUAGUAACAACAUCACCAUCAUCUUCAUCAAUUAAUUAUCAACAGCAACCUAAAUACGAAAAUCAUUCAAUUAUACGUAGAAGGCAGCAAGAGAUUCAAUUAUCAACAUCACCAUCAUCCAUAAUUCCGAUCAAUAGUUCAUCUUCGUCUUCAACAUCAGCAUUGAAAUCAACGGCAGAACCAAUAUAUGCUGUUGUUAAUAAAUUUAAUAAAGCUAAAAACAAAAUUAAACCUCAACCAGAACCAAAAUUUUCAUAUAUUGGUAUAUCCGAUCCAAUAAAAUUAAAUAACAAACCUGAUAUAAUUUAUACUCAAAUAAGUGAUAUGACUAGCUCAAGUAAUUCUGGAAAUAGUGCAACAAUAAUUGCUGCACCAGCGGCUAUUAUUGUUGCUGCUAAUAAUAACAGUAAUAAUAAUAAUAUAAAUAGUAAUAAUAGUAAUAUAAGUGCUGCGAUUAAUAGUAAGUUAAAUAAUAAUGUUAAUAAUAAUAACAAUAAUAACAAUAACAAUAAUAAUAAUAAUAACGUUAAUAAUAAUAGUAAUAGCAGCAAGCUUCCAAUUGUUGAUCAACAAUUAAUUACAGCAACAAAUAAUAUUGGAAAUUGUGAUGGCGUAACAAUAACUGGAACUACUACUGCUGCAACAACAGCAAUAUCUGGAUUAGGUGGUAGUGGUGCCGGUAAUAAUACAUCAUCAAUAAUUAGUUCAUCGAAUUCAACGACAAAUAUUUACGCCAAUGAUAAAAACGAAAAUGAGAAUUCAAUAUAUGCGAAAGUAUGGAAAGGCCCCAGAAAAACUGUGGAAACAAAAAUUAUUCAACUUUUGCGAUCGAAAUUGAAUCAGAUAAUUGUUCCAGCAAUCCAGUUAUUUAAAAGGACCCAACCAAUAUCUAAACAAAUAAGUAAUAACGGUAAUAAUCCAGCAACACAUGGCGGAUCUACAAUUAAAACGGCAUUAGCAUCUCAAUCGUCAUCUUCAUCUUCUUCAACUUCGACCGCUUUAACUCAACCUAGAAUGUGGACUUGCACAAAGUGUUCAUACGCAUACAAUCCGCUGUGGGCUGAAAAAUGUGAUAUUUGUGAGUCAGCAAGAAGUCAACCCUCGUUAACACAACCUAGUUUAAUAACUGUUACAAAAGUCCGCGACACGGUAGCCCCUUCAAUAGAGUCUCGCAAAGAAUUGAAAUGCAGUUCGAAAAUGGGUCAAUCAAAAUCAUCACACGCUUUUGAUGAGGUUCCAUCUGUCGUUGAAGUGCCAAUAGCAACUUUUGAACAAGAUCUAGAAGACGAUUUUCAAUUUAUUCCAGGUGAUACAAAUGCAUCAUCAGUUUCAGUACCAUCGUCAUCAGUAAACGAUCAAGAAUGGACAUGUAAAAAAUGUACUCUAGUCAAUUCACCAUUAUCUAUGGCAUGUGUUGUUUGCGGCGGCUCUAAACUUCGCAGUAUUUCCGCUAUCGAAGAUAUGACAUUACGUAAAGGCGAAUUUUGGGCCUGCGUCCAAUGUACUUUGAAAAAUUCCUUAUCAACAAAUGUGUGUGUAGCUUGCAAAGCUGUAAAGCCAAUUCCAAUUAUAUCAGGUCAACAGACAAAUUUUCGUCCAUAUACUUCAUCAUCAUCUGCAUCAGCUAUUGCAAUAGCGCCAUCAGGUGGUGGCAGUGGUACUAGUGCUGGCGUAAAUCAUCAUGGUAAUAGUAACAAUACGGGUAUUAAUAACAGUAAUAAAGCAACGUUACAUAAUCGUCAAAUAUUAUCAUCAAUACUUGGAAAUAGCGCUAAUUCGAGUAAUUCAAAUAUAAAUAUUUCAACGAGUUCAGUGCAACAUUCAUCUUUAGCUAUACCAUCGAUACAAAAUCAAUCGCAUCAUCAAUCAUUACAACAACAACAGCAGCAAAUUCAACGGCAACAUAUAGAUUCGUCCCAGCAAUCAAACUCGAAUACACAAAUUAGUCUAGCUCCGCCGAUUCAAAGAACUUCGAGAAGUCCAUCGCCAAGACAUGAUAGAAGCGCAUCAGGUGCAAUACCGAAGCGUCAUAGUACUGGAGCCGUCGUACCACGAAAUGCACCGUCGUCUUCGUUUUCAAGCAAUUCGAAUCCAACGCCUAUUGUAAAUUAUAAUCGUCAUAGUAGCAGCGGCUCAACCCCAACAUCAAUUAAAACGUGGCAAUGUCCUGCUUGUACAUAUGAAAAUUCGUCUGCUAGUGUUGUAUGUGAUAUUUGUUCAAGUCCUCGAGGUCUAGCAAGUGCUAUGUCAGCGGCUGCGUUAGAUGGUAUGAGUAAUUCUGGCGGGGUAACAUUAGAUUUGAGCCGCCAGGAAUCGAAACUAAUGGAGAAUCUUCGACAAAUCGAAGAAAGUGAAGCUCGGAACAAAUGGGAAAAUAUAAUACAAUAUUGUCGGGAAAAUAAUGAACUUUUUGUGGACGAUUCUUUUCCCCCAGCACCAAAAUCGUUAUAUUAUAACCCAGCUGCCAGUAAUGAUGGUAACCCAGUAGUUCAAUGGCGUCGUCCACAUGAAAUUAAUUGUGAUGGCGGUGCAUUUCCUCCAUGGGCUGUAUUUCGCACACCACUGCCAUCUGAUAUAUGUCAAGGCGUUCUUGGUAAUUGUUGGCUAUUGAGCGCAUUAGCCGUAUUAGCAGAACGAGAAGAUUUGGUUAAAGAAGUUUUGGUAACAAAGGAAAUAUGUCCUCAAGGAGCCUAUCAAGUAAGAUUAUGCAAAGAUGGAAAAUGGACCACAGUUUUGGUAGACGAUUUAUUACCAUGUGAUAAACGUGGCCAUUUAGUUUAUUCACAGGCGAAAAGGAAACAAUUAUGGGUGCCACUUAUAGAAAAAGCCGUUGCUAAAAUUCACGGUUGCUAUGAAGCGUUAGUGUCAGGAAGAGCUAUUGAAGGUUUAGCAACUUUGACUGGUGCUCCAUGUGAAAGUAUACCGUUACAACCGAGCUCAUUGCCAAUGCCUAGUGAAGAUGAACUAGAUAAAGAUCUAAUAUGGGCUCAAUUGUUAAGUUCAAGAUGUGUUAAAUUUUUAAUGGGAGCCAGUUGUGGUGGAGGUAAUAUGAAAGUUGAUGAAGAUGAAUAUCAAAGCAAAGGACUGAGACCAAGACAUGCAUAUUCCGUCCUCGACGUUAAAGAUAUACACGGUCAUCGAUUAUUAAAACUACGAAAUCCUUGGGGACAUUAUUCUUGGCGAGGUGAUUGGUCUGACGAUUCAGAAAUUUGGACUGAUGAAUUACGUGAAAUACUUAUGCCGCAUGGUGCUUCCGAAGGUGUUUUUUGGAUAUCUUUUGAAGAUGUUUUAAAAUAUUUCGACUGUAUAGAUAUUUGUAAAGUAAGAUCUGGUUGGAAUGAGGUUAGGUUACAGGGAACGCUUCAACCACUGUGUUCAUUAUCUUGUGUACUAUUAACAGUACUGGAGCCAACUGAAGCGGAAUUUACAUUAUUCCAAGAAGGACAAAGAAAUUCUGAAAAAUCACAAAGAUCUCAAUUGGAUUUAUGUGUUGUCAUAUUUAGAACAAGAUCUCCAGCUAAUCCGGAAGUUGGAAGAUUAGUUGAACAUAGUAAAAGACAGGUGAGGGGUUUUGUUGGAUGUCAUAAAAUGUUGGAAAGAGAUAUUUAUUUGUUAGUCUGCUUAGCAUUUAAUCAUUGGCACACUGGUUUAGAGGAUCCGCAACAAUAUCCACAAUGUGUUUUAGCAAUACACAGUUCGAAAAAAUUAUUGGUGGAACAAAUUAAUCCUCCACCAUUUUUAUUAGCAGAUGCUAUUAUUAGUCUAACACUGACCAAAGGGCAACGUCACGAGGGAAGAGAAGGAAUGACAGCAUACUAUUUGACAAAAGGUUGGGCAGGAUUAGUCGUAAUGGUUGAAAAUCGACAUGAAAAUAAAUGGAUUCAUGUUAAAUGUGAUUGUCAAGAAAGUUACAAUGUAGUUUCAACUCGAGGAGAAUUGAAGACUGUUGACUCUGUGCCUCCUUUGCAAAGGCAAGUAAUUAUAGUACUGACUCAAUUAGAAGGUAGCGGGGGUUUCAGUAUUGCCCACCGUUUGACACAUCGUUUAGCUAAUUCACGUGGUUUACAUGAUUGGGGACCACCAGGUGCUACACAUUGUCCACCAAUAGAUAGCGUACAUGGAUUACAUGCUCCACGUUUAAUAACAUGAUUGAAAAAAACAGUAAAGCAGGAGUAUUAAAAAAAACAAAGUCAGAUAAAAAAAGUAAAGACAUUAUAGAUAAUAUAAAUAUAGAAUAAAAAAAAUAUUUUAGGAAAACAAUAAUUAUUAUAAUAAGUAAAAUACACUUUAAAAACAAACACGAAACAAAAAUAAAAACUGUCAGAAAUUUGUUUAAGUAAUUGAUAAUUAACAAUAAUUAAAAUAACAAAAAAAAAAAGAAAUAAUCAAAAUAUAGGCAUAGCAAAUUUCUAAUUUAGAGAGAGUUUUCAUUCACAUUUAUUGUAAAGUAUUUAAAAACCUACACAAAAUGUUUCAAACCCAAUAAGCAAUGCAUUUAUUUAAAUUUUUUUUGAAUUGAAUGAAAUUUUGUAUAGUUUUAUUCAACAUGCAGUUCCAAUGGACUAAUUUAAAUAUUUAAGCUGAAUACAACAAGUAACAAUAAUAAAUUAUAAAUGUACAAUAUUGUACUAACCUUUGCCAAGUUUUACAUAUUUCAGACAUACUUACUUUGUUUAUUCGCAAAUAAGUCAUAAUUUUAACAAUUGUAUCUUUAUUUUACAUAUAACUUAAAUCUUUACAUUUUUAUAUAUAUUGCGUUAUUUUCGUCUUUUUUUGUUUUUUUUAUUUAUAUUACACUUGUAUGUUUUUUUUGUUUUUGUACAGAAAUCAUUUAAAUUUUAGAAUAAUAUUAAAUAUACUUCAAAAAUAAAACACUUUUUAAUUUGUAAUUUCGUACGUAAAAAUUAAUAUUUAAGAACUUCUAUAAUUUUGUAUAUACAAAUGAAACGAAAAUGAAAACUCU